AGGGUCUGUUAGAGGUUUAUCACCUCAACAACAAGAGUGUGAGUUUAAACCUUCACAAAAUCCUGGAAUGCUGGAAAAUUUUUUAAAUGGCCUCAGCAGCAACAUCAUCCUCAAGUGAAGGAUGUUUGUUCUCUGAGCAGGGGUUCCACACAGCCUCUGAAGGCACUCUCAACUCAACCCUGUCUCUAAAAGAGAGAACUGCCAGGGCAGCUUUUGCAGAUGGGAAGCAGCUCUGUGUGUCAAACUUUGAGCUCUUUGUGGCAUUGGAUGAUGUCAAGUGCUUGGGUCAUCAGUGUGCUGGAAUAUCCUUGGAGUUCUGUGACAGACACAGACAAGAAGCUGAUGUGAACUUGUAUGAAGUCUGCUUACCAGAAGAAUUAAACAAUCAUUCUGCCAGAUUUUCCUCAGACUUCUCAACAGCUUCUGCUGAAACCUUCUCAUCCUCCACUGGUGCUGCAACUUCCUCUUGGGACCCAGAAGCACAUGCCAUUCCUGGGGAAAAAGAAGUUCUCAGCAGGAUCUUCACUGUUUCCAAUGCAGCAACAUCAGACAAGUCCUUCAUUCCUCACAAAACAGUUUUCAAAUUUGGCUUCACCGCUUCAUUCUUGGAGUCAGCUGAGAAAAUGGUUCUAGAGCUCAAGUGCAAGUUAUGGUAUGCUGAACCCCCUGUGAGGCCAGUAUUAGAAGAGGAAGUGAAGAUGUCACUGGCUUCCAGGCGCAGAUUGUUGCUCAACUUUCACCCCACCACACCAUUCCACCAGAGCAGGAUGAUCUGGUUCCACACAUACCACUUUCUUGCCACUACAUUCACUUUCCACUGCAGCAUGAUUGCCACAUCAAUGCCAGUCCAAUCCAAGGUCCUGUUUCAUGUAAUAUCUGGGUUGCUGGCAGAUGCUGAAAAGUUUCUCAAGUUGGGCAACAACAAUAGUGGUAAUGAAUCAUGUUGUUUGAAGCACAGGCAGGAACUGAAAUCACCAACAAGCUACAGGAGGGUUGGGGGAAUUCAUGAGACACCCUGUUGUGACUCUGAAGUGCUCAAGGCCCAGAGUAAAAUGGCAGACUUGAUCUCUAUGGUCUCCAUGGACCAAAAAAGAGACAUCAUGAACAGGUGGACCAAUUGCACAACACUGUGGACACUUUUCAUGAAAGCCUUCAUGUUUUGGUCACCCCUGCAAAAGAAACUUCAGGACUAUUCCAUUCAAUCCAGGGUAGAUGGCAGCACUGGAGAAAUCCCCAUCAUUUUUGAAGACAAGUACCUUCCUGAUGCUGUGAUGAGAAUCACCAGUGAUGAGGGUUAUCAACCUGUGAAGAAACUCAAGCAGCAGCUGAAACCAGUGGAAGGGAGCAAUGUACACUUGGUGGUUGGUGUACAUGGACUAAAUGGAAGUUGCAAUGAUUUGAAUGUGGUCAGAGUGUUUAUGGAGCUGCUCCAACCUCAUGGAAGUGACCAUUUGGACUUCUUCAUACCAACAAGGACCCAGACUGAUUCUAAUGCAGAUUUGGAAUCCUUGGGUCUCACAUUGGCUCUUCAAGUCAAAGAGUAUGUGGCUUUGCAACCAGAGGUUCCAAAAAGGAUAAGCUUUGUUGGACACUCUAUGGGUGGACUCAUUGCCAGAUUUGCAGUCAUCACUGAAGAGUUCCAGGCACUUGUCCCACAGUUGCACACUUUCUUGUCACUAUGCUCUCCUCACCUGGGGGCUACUUACAAGGGGAACCCUGUGGUGAGAUUUGGUGCCAUGUUUCUUCCCAUGGUGAACAAGAAGUCAAUUGCCUUGAUGCAGUUGACUAUGAAAGACAAGCCUGACCCUAGGCAAACAGCACUGUACUCAUUGGCCAUGGCUGGAUCACUUGGGCAAUUCAAGCAUGUUUUACUUUGUGGGUCAGUUGGUGAUCCUUUGGUUUCCCCUCACUCUGCCCUUUUGGACACUAGGACUAAAAUGUCUGGACUGGACUUUGGAGAAACCACUGUCCAGGCUGAUAUGGCCAGGAAUGAGUUGGAGACAAUUGCAAGGAACCCUGACUCAAUUUUAGUGAGGUAUGAGAUACACCAUGCUGCUGAUCCUUGGUCAUUGAAAGAUCCCCUGAGGAGGUCCAUUCAUCUCAAAGUCCUGGACUCUCCUAGUUUUCAUGCUGUGAGAGGAAAUGUUUUCAAAACCAUUUGGUCAAUUAUUGGUGUUGCCUUGGCAGUUGGACUAGCUGAACUUUUGGCUGGAUCUCAGAUGGAAAAUGAUUGCCCAGAGCAUUGGAUCCUGGAUGAAGUCUCUGGAAGGUGUUACUUAUUCUCACAUCAUCUCCCUGCUGGAAAUAUCAGGAAGCAGACUUGGGAAGGUGCAGAGAGUUUCUGCAAAUCCCAAAGAGGAAACUUAGUGUGCAUAGACUCCCUUGAGGAACAGAACUUUGUUGGACUGCAUGCAUCAGCAGCUGGGGGUUAUUGGACAGCCCUGAAUGACAAGAGCCUUGAAGGCCACUUCUUGUGUGCUGGUGACAAUUCUGCAGGACUGCUGCCAAGACCCUGGCAAGGCUUUCCAGUGUACCAACCAGAUGACUCCAGUGCCCCUGCUGAGGACUGUGUUGCCCUCUCAGGUCCCUUCCAAUGGACUGUGGAAAACUGUGAUGUUCUAGUGGAGUCCAUCUUGUGUGAAGUGGCCUUGAGUGAAACUAAUAAUAAUGAUGGAACCUGCCCUGAGGCAUGGGUGCGUCCCUACCCUCUGAAAUCCUCUUGCUACAAACACGUCCUCUCCCAGACAGGAUUUACAUAUCAAGGAGCCAAAGCUGCUUGUCACAAGCUCCACAUAAAUGGUUCCCUUGUGUCUGUAGACUCCUUGCUUGAGAAUGAAAUCCUGGCUUUUGAAUUCGGGUUGGGAAAAACCUGGAUUGCUGAUCCUGGGGAUUUCACAAAUUUUUUGCACAGGGUCUCUCAUCAUGAUGCCCCCCUGUUGCAGCCUGGAAAGUGCGCAGUGAUGGAGGUAAAAAUGGCAUCUGGAGCAAGCAAGAGCAUAUUUCCAGUUUGUAUAUUGCUGCUGACAUCUCUGGUCAUCACCUGGAACCUGUGUCAUGCCAAACCUGGAAUCCCACUGAAUGUCCAACGCUUUGUUCCAACCUGGUGGCAAGAUGUGAAAAAAGAACAAGUUAUGGAAGACAACUCCAUCAUUCCAUAUGGGGAUCAGGGCUACAGGUCCAAGAAGACUUGUUACAGCAAAUGGGACUGUGGGACUUAUGAGUGCUGUGUGAGGCCCAUGAACACCCAGAUGUCCUACUGCAUGCCACUGAGGCCAGAGGGCGCCUUUUGCUACAAUGCCUCUUUCCUGGUGGAUGAAGAGAAACAGAUCUACUUGAACUCUUGUCCAUGUCUGUAUUACUAUGCUUGUGCUGAUCUGGAAACUCAGUUCAGAUGUGUGCACCCAGACAGGAUUGGAGAUACUUAUUAUCCCAUGCACAAGAUGAACCCAUUGGAGGUCCUCCAUCCAAUCUGCUGCUUGAUCCCAGAAAUCAGCUCACCUCAGAGAAGGAUCAGAUUCUCUGAGAAACUGCUGUGGACAAGUGUUGCAUUGUUGAUCUACUUGGUGUGCUGUCAGAUCCCUCUUUAUGGAAUCAUGAGCUCAGAGUCUGCUGACCCCUUUUACUGGAUCAGGGCCAUGCUGGCCUCCAAUAGAGGCACCCUGAUGGAGCUGGGCACUUCCCCAAUCCUCACUUCUUCAUGCAUUCUUCAGGUCCUUGCAGUUGGGGGUGCUUUGGAGGUGGGGUCUACUGCCAGAGACAGGAUCUUGUUCAAUGCUGCCCAAAAGCUGUUUGCUGUGGUCCUGAUCAUUGGUCAAGCUGUGGUGUAUGUUGCCACAGGAAUGUAUGGAAAUCCACAAGAAAUGGGCCUUGGCACUAGUGCAAUUUUGGUGAUCCAGUUGUACAUGGGGGGCAUGAUUGUUUUGCUCCUUGAUGAAGUACUCACCAAGGGCUAUGGACUUGGAUCAGGGAUCUCAUUAUUUGUCACUUCCACAGUCUGUGAGAAUAUAGUGUGGAAGGCCUUGAGUCCUGCCACAGUGCACACAGGGAAAGGUUUGGAGUUUGAAGGGGCACUGGUUGCUUUGGUCUAUUUGGUCACAACCAGGAAAGACAAGGUCAAAGGGUUGCAAGAGGCCCUGUACAGACAAAACUUGCCCAAUGUCAUGAGCCUCUUGGCCACCCUGGUCAUUGUUCUUGCUGUGGUGUAUCUCAAUGGGUUCAAGGUUGACUUGCCUGUCAAGUCUGCUGUCACUGGAAAUCCAGCAAAUGUUCCCAUCAAGCUGUUUUACACCAACAAUAUGCCAUCUGCAAUGGUCUCCAACAUUUACAUCAUGUCCCAGAUCUUGAGUUCAAGAUAUGGUGGCAACUUUCUGGUGAACCUGGUGGGGGUCUGGGGGUCAACUGAAUGGGCUGGAACAUCAAGGUUCUUGCCUAUAGGAGGUCUCUGCUACUACCUAUGCCCUCCAAAGGACUGGGACCAUGUUCUAGCAGACCCUUUACAUGCCAUAGUCUAUGUGUUUGCAUCUCUGUUCCUCUGUGCUGUACUGUCCAGACUCUGGGUGGACUUCUCAGGUACCGGACCAAAGCAAGUUGCACGUCAACUGAAGGAGAGAAAAAUGGUCCUUUGUGGACACAGGGUCAAGUCCAUGGUUCAUGAGCUUGAAAGGUACAUCCCAAAUGCUGCCAUAUCAGGAGGGGUGUGUAUUGGUGCCCUGACAGUGGCUGCUGAUUUCCUGGGUGCCAUUGGGACUGGUACAGGGCUCAUGCUGGCUGUGACCACAAUUCAGCAAUACUUUGAAAUGUAUGUCAAGGAGGAGUCUGAAGGAAAAAGGCUGUGGGCUGAUUAAUCAUUUGUCAAUAGCCAAACAUUGUGGGAGAAAUAUGUCAACAAAAACAAAUUUAUGCAAACUUUCUUUCUGCUCUUCAGAGAACUGGCAGAUUAUUUUUUUUCUCUCCAUACUGUAUCAUCACAGUGGAACAGUGAAGCUCCAGCUGGGUUUAUCAAUUAGUGUGAUAACAAGUGAUGGAAUCCAGGAAUAAUAUUUUUCUUAUCAAGAUGAUUCUGCAAUGGUGGGGA